GCAAGCUAGCAACACUAGUCGUCGCAUCGUGCUCCGAUGCCAUCGAUAAGACUCCCCGAGCAUUCAAGAUGCUUCACGUUUCCCAGGCCGUCAACGGUGUCGAAGGCCAUCGGGUGCCUAGAAUGAGGCCAAGGAGUCGAUGAACGACCGUUCAGGGUUGAGCGGCAGCACGUGCACGCUAACCAUGCACGCUCUAGGGUCUUGUGCUUGUGCCACCUCAGACGGGUCGAUCACCACCGCUCACCUCUUACACCCCGCGUCUCAUCAAGCUAAUCACCCAGCUCAACCUGGUCAAAGGCGACCACUUACGGCGCUUGGCAACGUUGGCCACCCAGGAGACCCCUCGGCUGCCCUCAAAACAUGCGAUGGCUGUUCAUGCUUCCCUGCACAUAUCGUGCAAGGAGCGUGGGCGUCCGGCCCGGCCGUGGAGGCACAAUGCCGUUCUUGAUGCCUUGAUCUGCUCGCACUUGCCUUGCUUUUCUUUUCUCGUCCUGCUUGCUCUUCGCCACUGCU